AUGGAUCCAACUAAAAACAUUUCAAAUGAUAUCUCAACGGCUUCAUCCAAUCCAUUUAAGGUUUUAUGUAAUAUGCAUCUCAGAACUGAAGUCUAUUAUAAAUUGCUUAUAGAUUGCGGACUUCCAUUCGUGGAAACGGUGGAUGGCGAUAUAAAGGCGACUCAGUUGUUAGGCCUUGAGUCAGAUAGUGUUAUAUUUAAAGCAUGCACAGCAUGUAAUGAACGAGUCGCCAUCAAAUUCAGGUUUACUUUAAAUGUUCUGAAACAUGAAUCACAAGUGUUGAAAAUAUUCAAAGAAGUCAAGGACAUUCCGAAGUUGCUAUAUGAGGACCUUUGUUUAUUACAUCCAUAUAUUAUUACUAGCAUGGUUGGUAGGAAAAUCAACAAGGUUGAUGUGCCAAUUGCCUGCAACAUCAUCGCUGACAUUCUGAAGCUGUUCUACAAUCCAAUAAGAGAAAAAGUAUCCCUAGUGGUUGGCCUGAAGGCAAUAUCAUAUUCGUUUCGUAUAAUAGAGGCAAAUAACUUGGAGCUGGAGAUGACUUAG